CAUGAAGAUAGGUAUUAUCAACCUAUUGAAAUAGCCCCUCUAAUUUAUUUAAUCCUUUAAGGAAGUACUUUAGCGAUUUAUGGCAUCCUCAAUCCUUAAAACAUUGAUUUUUCAACAAUUUCUUUUUAUUAUUUUGCUGCUGUCUUGAUAUUGUCUUUUGGAUUUUAUGCUUAAACUUGCUUUAAAGAUGUAAAGAACAAUUUAACAAUUAGCCUGGUUAUUUGAUAAUAAGAAGCCCUAACAAUACUGAAUGUUCAAAUUAAAUCACAUAAAAACGCAAAAUGUUUUAAUUUUAAGUCUUGCCCUCAAAUGCUAGAACUUAUCCUAUUAUUGAAUAACAAAAUCCAAUUUAAGAGUAAAAAUCUGAAAAUGAAUAGUACUUGUUUCAUUAAUUUAAAGAGAAUUACCUUGUGAAGCUUCAAUAGAUGUAAAUCAAUUACCUGAAUUUGAUAUGAAUUAAAUUCCAUCUUUUACUAAAACUCCUGAAAAGUAUCAAUCUCCUAAUAAAUAAAAUAAUCCAUAAAAAAUAAUUCAAGAUUUUGAUUCAAAAUAGCCAUCUACUUAAGCUUUUUCAAUAACAAGUUAAAAUGAACAUGAAGUUAUUGCUCCCAUUACAAAUAAUGAUAUAUAAAAUAAUGAUGAAAUAAAGAAAUAAUAAGAAAAUCCUUCAUAAAAAGGUAAAAGCGAAGAGAAAAAAAGGAACAGCAAACUAUAACCAUCCUUAGCAAUAUAAGUGCAUUCUGUUUAAAAUGAAUAUAUAAGUGAAUAAUAUUCUCCAGGUAUGUCAGAAAGAAAUAAAAUUACAGAUUCUACUAGAGCAGCAAGUAAGGUUUUUAUAGAAAAAAGGUUUUAAAUUUUUAAAAUAUAUUAGAUAUUGUCCAAUCUGUUCAAUUGAUCAAUUAGCUAGAGCAAAACAUUGUUAAUCAUGUAAUAAAUGUGUUGCUUGUUAUGAUCAUCAUUGUCCUUGGGCUGGUAAUUGCAUUGGAGAAAGAAAUAAAUGUGUUUAUUAUUGGUUUUUAGUAUUUUAGAUUUAAGAAAUCUACUAUGCCUUUUUUAGCGUAUGAAAUUUUAAUAAACUAGUUUUUAGACACUGCCAAACUUUGAUUUUUAUCAUUACAAUCCUCUAGUUAAAUUUUUUUCAAUUUACUUUUUUACAAUAAACAUAUUUUUUGGAAUCUUGGUUACUAGAUUACUAUGCUUUUAAACAUUUCUUUCAUUUCAAAAUUUAACAACUUGUAAAAUUUAUUAUAUAUUUCAAUAGGGGAAUUUUAUAGUUGGAAUAAAAUCUCAUAUUUGUAAGAAUUGAAAAAAAAAAAUGGGUCUCCGUUUAGUUAUGGUUGGAAAAAAAAUCUAUAAAUUUAUUGUAGAUUUUAAAUACCACAACUAACUAUUUGGGAAUAUAACCCAGAAAGAGUUUAUAAAUGA